GUGGAUUAUUGCAGAGCAAGAAAUUGAUAAAAGUGUUUCUGAUAUGCUUACUUUCAGUUAUCGGCUCCUGUACAUUCAUUCUUUCGUUCUGUCGUUUGCCAAGAGCCACGCUCGUUAACAAUUUACAUUCAUUAUGACACUCAUUUACACCAUCUUGUUUUCUUUUCUUUUCCCUCUUUCCUACGCUUUCACUCACCCCGGUCUGCUGGUCACCGACACCGAUAUUACUCGCAUCAAAACCAAGCUCGCUGAGAAGAAAGAGCCUUGGACCGCGUCAUGGAAUAAGCUGACAAGCAUUCCAUUUGCCAGCGCUGACUACAAGAACAAUGCAGUCAAAGAAGUGAACCGGGGCCAAAAUGGGGAGGUCCUAUGGCACGAUGCAGCUGCUGCGUUCAACCUUGCUCUUCGCUGGAAAGUCAGUGGAGAAGACCAAUACGCAGAAACCGCAUCAGAGAUCCUGAUUGCUUGGGCCGAUACUCUAGAGAUCCUCAGCGGGGGCGACGACGCCUAUCUUACCGCAGGAUUGCAAGGUUAUGAGCUUGCUAACGCCGCAGAACUUCUCCGUGACUACCAGCCAUUUGCAAAGAACGGGCUAUCCAGAGUUAUCAAUAUGUUCAACAAAAUAUUCUUGCCAAUGAAUCUCGAUUUCCUCAACCACGUCCUGGGGUCAGAGCACAAUGUCAAGCACUUCUUUGCCAACUGGGAACAGUGCAACAUUGCUUCUGCUAUGGCUAUCGCAGUCCUCACCGACAACCAAACCACCUGGGACUUUGCCGUUGACUACUUCAAGCAUGGUGAGGGCAAUGGGGCUAUCAAUAACGGCAUUUCGAACAUUGUUAAAGAACCUGGUACGGGCAAAGCACUUGGCCAAGGGCAAGAAUCUGGCCGGGACCAAGGCCAUUCGGCGAUGAACUUCCAGGUGCUAGGUGCCAUUGGACAGCAGGCAUGGAACCAAGGGGAAGAUCUCUUUGCUUACAAUGACAGCCGCAUCCUUCUCGGAGCUGAGUACUUUGCCCGAUACAAUCUUGGAAACGAUGUACCAUUCGAGCCCUACACAAACGGGAUAGUCUCCUUCGAUGUCAUCAGCGAAGCCUCUCGCGGUGCGGUUCGACCUGCUUGGGAGCUGCUCUAUAGUCAUUACGUCAAUAUCAAAGGUCUUGACGCUCCUUGGACAAAAGCAUACCUUAACAACUCUUUGGAAUUCUUCGGAGGAUUCGAGGGCGGAGCUGGAUCUUGGGGAGAAGGCUCGGGCCACUAUGAUGGACUUGGCUGGGGCUCUCUUCUUCAUCAUCUGGAUGAAUCUGAUAUCCAAGCUGCGAAGUCCUCCGCUGCUGGCCCUGAACCAAGUACAACGACAUCAGAGAGUCAGCCAACGUCAACAACUCUAGUGACAGUCCGUACUGCGUAUGGAUCAAAGACCGCAACAGUCGAUGAGGGCGCCGAGACCGUUACAGUAAAGCCAUCUGCCGUAAACGCCCAUCGUUCUUCUACGACAACUGCCACAGCAAUUCCUCAAAUUACGGAAAAGCCAGGAAAGGGAUGUCGUGCAAGGAGGCCGAAGAGCCGCAAGCAUCACGUCGCGAACUAGGAAGUUGAGAGGGAAGAACUUUUGUCAAAUAGCGGAGACCCCAUCGGAUAAGUGCCAAGAAUAUGCUGGGGAUGGGUUUUGUUGGGAUCUUGUUUCUUGUGUAUAUUAGAAUUCUCGUAGCUGGUCUACAAGGGCAAAACAAGUGGUGCGAAGCUGAAGUUCGGUCACUAUUGUUGAAUAUGAGGUAGCCUACAGUAUAUCAGUUGUGAGGCAGCUCACAUGUCGCUUCACAAAUUCCACUUCAUAUUUGCCAAC